CUGAAACUGACCUUACUUUUUCCAACGAAUCUCUUCUAAAUCGUGUUCUUAGCAUCCGAGUUGACGAUGUUACGGCGAUAGCCGGCUACUGCAUCUUUGGAGAACGCGAAGGGUCGUCUUCGUGCACCCAUCUUCAUUCGUCGGAAGAAGAAGAAGAGAAAAGGGCGGCUGUGCGUCGUGUAGCCACGCGAUUUACGAAUCUUUGAUCCCUAUCUGGAUGUCGUUGGUCGCCGUGACGUCGUCGUUUAGAGACGGUGGACCGAGAGACGGGACGAGCCGCUUCGAGGCCACGGUUUCGAGGAACACGGUUGCCCACGCUCGAUAAUCGCGAUAAGCUCGUAUAUGAUGGCCAACGAAAUAACACAGAGACCGUACAGAACAACGUUACCAGUUCCGGGCCAUUCGGAAGUGAAUUUAUGCUCGGUGAUAUCACUGGGCAAAGACCUCAGCAAGAUCACCAUGCCGGUCAUUUUUAACGAACCACUUUCCUUCCUCCAACGUGUCGCAGAGUACAUGGAAUACGCGAAAUUGCUUAAGCUAGCGGCUCAAGAAGAAACUCCAAUUGGAAGGUUGCAGUACGUCGCUGCAUUCGCUGUAAGUGCUUUGGCUUCGAACUGGGAAAGACUUGGCAAACCCUUCAAUCCGAUACUCGGUGAAACGUACGAGUUGGAGCGUGAGGACUUCCGAAUAGUCUGCGAACAAGUGUCGCAUCAUCCACCGGUAUCCGCGUUCCACGCGGACAGCGAAGAAUUCACAUUCCACGGCACUAUACACCCGAAAUUGAAGUUCUGGGGCACAUCUAUCCAAGUACAUCCAAAGGGUAUUGUCACCGUCGAGCUUCCUAAAUGGAAGGAAGCGUAUACUUGGCAAAAUAUCAAUUGCAUACUGCACAACGUGCUGGUAGGCCAAUUAUGGAUGGAACAGCUCGGUUCCUUGGAGAUCAAACAAAUCGGCGGAGCGAACUUGAAGGCGACUCUGUGCUUCAAAAGCGCCAGCUGCAAUGCCAAGGACCUUCACCGAGUCGAAGGCUUCGUAACGGAUCAAGAAAAAAGGAAACUGCUAUUUCUUUAUGGAAAAUGGACGGAGAGGAUGAUGGUGUGCGACCCUGCGUUGUACGAAGAAGCGUUGGAGAAGGUGAAACGCGAGGCAAAGAGUCCCCAGGGCAGUCCUGGCCAUAAGAAGGUUCUCGCGAAACUGCACAGCCUCAAGGUCGGAGCGUUCAAACCCUCUCACCAGGAUGCGAUCGACGAUCCAUCAGCAAGUAUAGACGGAGACGAUAUUCCAACGAUCGAAGAUAUUCCUGGAUCGAUAACUCUCUGGGAAGCUUCGCCGAGGCCAACUAAUAGCGCAGAUUAUUACCAGUUUACAACGUUUGCAAUGUCGUUAAACGAACUGACACCGGAAAUAGAAAAAGUUAUAUGUCCGACGGAUUCGAGAUUAAGACCGGAUAUUAGAAAAUUGGAGAACGGCGAUCAAGACGGAGCUGCGGCUGAGAAGACGAGACUCGAGGAGAAGCAAAGAGAUACACGGAAAUCGCGAAAGCACAAGAAAGGAGACGAUUGGACACCCAGGUGGUUCCAAUUGGGCAUGAAUCCAUACACAAACCAAAUGGACUGGUUAUACCGCGGAGGCUAUUGGGACCGUGGCUAUGGCAACAUGGAAGAUAUCUUUUAAUAUACGUGGAAACCCACAUCCGGGCGGAAUAAUUAACGAGUAGCAGAAUGGAAAAGUUCGCUCGCAUGUCCUGGCGAGGAAUAUUCAGACAAAUUGCCGGUAUAUUUAAAUCAAGGUGGUUGCCCUUCAACCUUGAUACCGUUCGAAUUUUGUAUCGUUGGUCGAUUUGUUGUACUCAAACGAUCUAAAGAAGCCGAAGUCUCGUCGCUUGUAUCGAUAUCGUAUGUGUUUAUGGAUCUAGGAAUAAGAGAGAGUCAAUCAUACAGAAGGUGCAAGCACGACGCGCCAACACACUUGUGAAAACAUUGUCGUCGAGUACGUGGAGAAUACACGUUUCGGAAGGAUAAAGCGCAAUAAGAGUAAAGAGCAGCUUUUUCUCUCGACAAGUACCAUUGUGUUCCAUUAAGACGAUGACAGUUGUACGAUCGAUCAACGAGAAUAGAACCGCGCCAGACUUCUAGGACAAAUAAAUGCUCCGGUUGCGAGGAGCGAAACUUUUGUACAACGCGCAGCUUUACACGACAGGCACACGCUUAUCUCGAUAACGCGAUCUCGGUACUCUGGAAAUCUACGCUGUCGGUCAAAAGUCUGGCAUCGUUUUGCCAAUCUGGGAGAAGAUUUGCUAUAGGUUUUCCAAUCAGUUGUACCGAAUCUUCCGCCAAUUCGCGUUGUUGAUUGCAAGUUGAAAUGUAAAAGGGUUUUUGUAGAGCCUUCGGUAAUUUUCGUCAAUAAAUCGAGAUAUCGAUGUCAUUGUGUUACAAAUGUCUUCUGCCAGCUAAAAUACGUUAUUCUACUAAAAAAACAAAAAAAUAAAAAUUGUAACGCAAAUGAUUACAGAUCGAAGACUCGACAAUCACUGGAUCGAUGCUCUCAAAUAGAACGAUCUUCUCUAUCUCGAUACAUUUUUAAACAUCUGACAAUUCCAAACUUUUGACCGCUAGCGUAUUUUUUCUCGUACUCACACGAGAUCGUCCUCCACAGAUUCUUUCGACGCGAUCCAAAGGAAAGUGUUACUCAAGCUGCGCCACGAAGAGAAAAUGCCAGUGAAUCUCUAAUGUCCGAUCUACUGUCGGAUAGAUCGAACCGGACGAGCAAGCUUACGCCUCGUAGAGCAAUUCCGUAUGCAGGUCGUACGUGCAUAGUGUUUUUUAGGUAAUCAAAUACGUGUUCUAGCGCUCUAUCUUCGAGUGCCAUCGAGGAACGCGGCAUAGCAGAAUUUACGACACGAAGAAACGAACCAGAUGACACGAUCUCUGCUGAUCGUUGUUUUAGCAUACGAAACUACUCUCUUCAGUUACAAUGUUUCGUCUAUCAUUUCAAAGCUGCAGAAAAUUGAAUUAUUGUUAUUUUCUUUAUGCCAUCUUUGUUUUUCCUCGUUCAGGAAAGUGGGUUACAUAAAUUUAUUAUCAUUAUACGAGCUGUUCUUUGCGAGAGUAGUGGCGGCCGGUAAACGGUUAUAAAAGCUUCGCAUGGGCGGUUAAGGUGGUUCCCAUGGCACAAGGAUAACAGCACGACGUCCAUCCGUUAGUUGAUGUUCGUUGUAGAACGAAAUUGUGGUGAACGAAUAGCCGCAAAUUUUUUAUGACAUAAAGACAGACACAAUACAUGUACGAGAUAUGACAGUAAUGUUUCUAGAAUAAUUCGUUUAUUACCGUUUUUUUUUUUUUAAAUUAUUACCGUUGCACUAAUCUUUUUAACUAAAAUCUAGGAUCGUUUGCUGAUUCGUUGUUCGUGUUAUCCUUAAUUAACAUAAUUUCUGGUAUCGAUGUUAACUAAUAAUAAACGAUCAGAUGAAGGUAAUUGUCUACAUUGUUGGAUUUCCGCCCAGAAUUAUUCCUGAAGCUGUAUCGUCGCACUUCGUAUAAACUCACACACGCAGGACAUAUACAGAAACGGUACUUCUGUUCGAUUUCCUUCCAGGAGAACCAUCGAGAGAUCGCAGCGAUUGUAUCUUUUUCAUGCAAACACAUUCGUUUUUACGAUUACAUGUAGCACACAAGAUCACUUCUGACACUAUUUUUAUAACAAAAAGAGAAUUAAAUGAAACGAGAGCUCGGCACGGCCCAUAGCCGACGCCAUCCUUCUCGAUACGUUAGUUUUGACUAGUAGGUUUCUGUACAUACAGCGACUGUACUAUACACUUGUAUCUAAAUAUUAAUGAUUUAGAAGGAUUUUACGCGCGAGGCGGUGAAUUCUAGCGGAAUGAGCGAUCGCUCGACCAAGUUAGCUCAAAAUAGUUAGCUCAAGUCUCCGAGGAAGCUUCGUAACCACGCAUCGAACGAGCAAUAAAUUAAUAUUAGUCGUUAUUCUUUCUUCGUAAGUUCAUUUGGUGUUGUUCAGACCUUUGGUCGGUUCGUUAGCGUCUUUUACAUUAUCCGACUCCAUUCUGAAGCGACUUUUGCUCGAUGGUAAUGGUCCAUCAUACGUAUAGGGAUUUCUUCAAGGUUACUAUCUGUCGAAAUUUGUGUCUAUGGAAUUCACUGCGUAUAUUAAUUGCAUAAUGAUGUUUCUUGAUAUUUAUUUCAAAAACUGACAUAUAGAUUCGAAGCACGUGAUAAUACUACUGGAAAUUGGUUAAUUAAAUUAAAUUAAAUUUCUCAAAUCUCCAUUUGAUAUCCG